GUUUUACUUCUUCACGUGAGUAAUCCGCUCGCUCGAGUGGUCUGCGGAACGUGUGUCCUAAGCGCAGUGCGUUUCUGAUUGCAUCUACCAUCCCGGACGCUGGCUUUGCGAGAAUAUCUGCGCGCUGUCCAUGUGACAACACGGUCGCACAACGUCGGUUGACAGGUGACCCAGGCGAUUUUCGCUGCCCUGUCUUGUCUGAACGAACUUCUCGGCACAGUCAUGUCUUACCUGCGGGGCUCGGCCAAUUACGUCUGGAACACCAGGGAUGUCCUUGGCAAGGGGGCCACCGGAGCUGUCUAUCGAGGCGUCCACAAGCAAACAGGUGAACCAGUGGCUGUGAAGACGUUCAACCAGGUCAGCCAGCUGCGGCCGCUCGAGGUGCAGAUGCGCGAGUUUGAGGUGCUCAAGAUUGUCAACCAUGAGAACAUUGUGCGGCUCUUGGCCGUCGAGGAAGAUGUGGAGAACCACAGCAAGGUGUUGGUGAUGGAACUCUGCACAGGUGGCAGCCUGUUCACCAUCCUGGAUGACCCAGCCAACAGCUACGGCCUCGAGGAGCACGACUACCUCGUUGUUCUCCGUGACCUUAGUGCGGGCAUGAAACACCUGCGUGACAACAACAUCAUCCACCGGGACCUAAAGCCUGGGAACAUAAUGAAAUAUGUUGCUGAGGAUGGCAGGUUUGUGUACAAGCUGGCCGACUUUGGGGCUGCCCGAGAGCUCCAGGAUGAUCAGCAGUUCAUGUCGCUGUACGGCACGGAAGAAUAUCUGCACCCAGACAUGUAUGAGCGGGCCGUGCUGAAGAAGAGCGCAGGCAAGUCCUUUGGGGCCACGGUGGACUUGUGGAGCAUCGGGGUGACCCUGUAUCACGUGGCAACGGGGGCUCUGCCUUUCCGACCCUAUGGGGGACGCCGCAACAAGGACACCAUGUACUGCAUCACCUCCAAGAAGGAGUCGGGUGUCAUCUCGGGUGUGCAGAACUCCGAGAAUGGCCCCAUCGAGUGGAGCAAGGAGCUGCCCCGAACUUGCCUCCUGUCGCCGGGACUACGAGAGAAGGUUGUUCCACUGCUGGCUGGACUACUGGAGUGUGACGACUCCAAAAUGUGGACCUUUGAGCAGUUUUUUGAGUCCGUCACGGAGGUGCUUCGCUGUCGUCUCGUCCACGUGCUGUACCUGAACGAGGGACGGGAGAUACAUGCCUACCUGCCAUCUCAGGCAACGCUGGCUGACCUGAAGGCCGAGGUGUACCAGCAGACUAACCUCCCGGCCGCAUCGCAGUUGCUGCUGCUACCCGAGGGAGUGUUGUUGGAGAGUGCGCUUGGUCGUGGCAGUUCUGCACAUAGGCUACCCCCAACCACCUUGGAACGCCCCUACUUGCUGCUCGACAUCAACUGCGCCCAAGUUCAGGUGCAGCCAGGCGCGGGUGCCCAGACAGCACGGUUCCCGGCGUUUGCCUCCCCUGCGUCGACGCUGGAGCACGAUGCCUCCCUCGCCAAGACUUGCUGCAGUGUUGCACACGCAAUGCAGCGGCUCCUUGACAAGCUCUGCCGCUGCCACGGUCAGCUGUCAAAGGCACCUCAUGCACUCAGUUGUGUUCUAGAAGAGCAGACUGAGAAGCAGCUGGCAAAGUUGAACCAAGCGAAGACCAUCAACAACCUGCUCGACCAACAGCUCAGGAUACUCUCAGUCAGCCACUGCAACCUCUGUGACUUAGCAGAGCUGGUCCAACCACAGAUGCAGUCCAACGAGCUGCAGCGGCUGGCGCGGACUCUCACUGACAAGCAGGAGAGCCACGCUGCUAUCACGGAGCAGGUGUCGAAGUUGACGGCAGACGUAGCUCACCUAGAGCAGCGGAUCCUCAAAGGGCGUUCCCUACGGCAACAGUGGGAGUCGCUGUGUGCCGACGUGCCAAAUCUCGAAGGAUGCUCUGAAACUGCCACGACAUAUGUCCAGAAGAUCCGUGAGAGCUGGCAAGCCCUUGCUAAAGACAAGGCACAAAGAGAGUUGUCAUUCCAUGAGAAGCAGUUCCACAUCUUGGAAAAGAACAAGAUUCGACAGACAUGCCAGAAGUUGCUGUCAUUGCUGCAAGAACGUUGCCUGCAGGCUUGUCACAAGAUGGCGCAGGCAUUGGAGACGUGGGCCAAGGAUGCGUUAGAGAUAUACGGGCGAAGUCGGCACGUGGACACUGAGCUGGACAGUUGCCUGGACAUGCUGGCAUCCUAUGGUGCUGCCGUCAGCAAGGCUGGUGAAGUGUUCCAGUCAACAGCGAGCAGCCUCGUCUCGGAUCUCAAGGCCCAACAGCAGCAUUCACCAACCACAACACUGCCAUCGACUGUCACGAUAGCAUCUAACACUACCAUGCUUUCAGCUGGUGACCUGCCAUCUACAAAUGGGGCUGGUCCCAGGAAACAACGCCUUCCCCGGCAAUUCACACGCGGGCUCCAGAAUCUGGAAAUCUGCACCGCUGAGCUGCUUCAGCUCAUGGACGACAACUACGCUGUCACAAUGAAGCUCUUUGAGCUGCCAUUCCCACCUCAGGCAGCAGCUGGCGAGGACUCGUGACCUGGCAGGCCUCCACAAAUGCAAAUGAUCAUUGUUGGCAUGUGGCCUUAAGUGGUAUUGCAGUAGCAUGUUACCACAUCUGUUACCUGCCUGUGGCAGUAUUAAGAACUGUGCCCUUCAAUGCAUUUUGUUGAUGUUACAUUGAAGUGCAGAUAUGUAAAUGUACAGAUUCGUGGACCAUCCUGCAAUGCAUGAUUAUAUGUGCGGUAAUCCGUAAUUUUACGUAAAGUCGACUUGAGAUCACUAUUGUGCAUUGACCUUAUUAAGGUGGUUGCUUUAUCUCAGAUCCAACUUCCUGUUGAAGCACACGGAAAAUGUAGAGAUACAAUAUUUGGACAACCACUGAGGCUAAUUGCAUGAACUGUGUUCAAAGUGCAGAAUUUUCGUGACAGGUGGUAGCACAAUUUUGAUUUUGUGCCUUUAAAGGGCCCCUCAACAGGUCUGGGCAUUUUGAGCUGACAAGCACAGAGCAUACAAUGCACAAGGACACAUCAUGUGUCCUUGUGCACAGCGGGAAAAAUUGUGCACUGCCCAAACGAGACAACAGCUCGCGCGCAACGCUGUCAGUGGAAGUGUGUAACACCGGGGAAAAAAAAAGCGAGGAGAAAAAAAAAUAAAGGCCUGUGACGUAUGCAUCACAUGAUCCUUGAGGUCCGGUAUGGGAGAAAGCAGGGAAGGAAUUUUGCUUGCGAAGGCUAGACAGGUCGAGUGGAGAGAGCGUCUCGCUUGGCAGUGGAGCCUGCCUGCUGAAAUCAUGGGUUCGCGGCUAUUAAUGAACCGAUCUGAAAAUUUUUUGUGGCAGAACACUCCCUAGAGGACAUAUAACAACUGGCAGCAUGUGACCAAAAUUUGCUAUGGGGCCUGGUGACGGGCCCUUAAGUAUUUAGAAAUUAAGGAAAAUUUAAAACUUCUAAAUUAGAAAAGCUUAGAAAAUUGUCUCUCGUUUACCUAGUGAGAGUUGUAUGUCUUUUGGAGUGGCUCUUCCGCUGUUGAUGGAGGAGAUAAAUCACAUGGGGAAGAUUACUUGGGGAGAGUGUUUCUGCAUAUUUCCAACUACAUAUUGGAAUUAGGCCUAAUUAAGCCUGAUGUAAAGCCUUGUCUUGCACCACUGUGGCUGUGUUGGAAAAGAUGCUUGUGUUUGGUUGUGUACCUAUUUGUAGUCUCCUUCAUUAAUUUUCCUUCAAUGUAAUGUUGCUGUCUAUUUGAAUUAAAGCAUUCCUACAUGAAAACAAUACAAUACUUAGUUUAAUGAUAGUGUUCAUUGAUUUAUUGAUUGUUGAGAAACUUUUAAGUGCAUUAAGUAAACGUAGAGUGCUCAGUGCCACGAGAUCCUGAUUGUGUUCUCAAAGUAACUGCCGCAAUUGUCGAUUUCCUGCACUACUUAUUUUGCUGGAAUCCCCGGAAACAGUUGAAUGAGAGUGCAUGCAAGUUAAAUGAGCUCAUUUUUGCAUUUGAGAAACAAAUGUUGGCAUAUUAGAGGCUGUUUUUUCUAAUGACUGUGCUUUUGUAUUCUGGCUGGCCAAUCGUUAAUGGAAAUUGUUCUUUUUUUAUAUAAUAAUCUCGCCUGCAACACACGAAUAACAAAAUUAUGAUAAGUGAUCAAGCCAUUUACACUGUCCUUUGUUAUGGUAACCAAAAUAAAGCCUGUCACUUUCUCUCGCUUCUUUUUUCUGUUGAUGUGAUUAGUCUAAUGUUCGUAAAAUUGAAGAUGGUUUCUCGUUUUGUCAGGAAGCAUUGUUUUCAGCACUGAGCAACCAAGUAUAUAAGGAUUGCUUGAGCAUCUAUAACAAAUCAAAUGCAUUAAAUUAGGUCAUGCCUAGGUAUUCGCAUGUUAUUGUUAUCGUAGUAGGCCAGCGGCAAUGGAAUUGCGAUGAAAUGUUGAUUGAUAGAGGUGUGGAAAGCUUGUGAAUUGUUGUCUUUGUAAAUCAUUGAGUGUUCAAAUCCUGUCAACAAUCGUGCAAUCAUUUAUUAUUGUGCUGUCAUAUGCCGUGGCUAAUCGAAAGUUUUACCUGAAGUGAAUUAACGUUGGCCACAAGAAAUCACAAGGGUCAUUGUUUGAUGACAAAUGUUAGUGCUGGCUCCUGCAGGCAGGGGUUCUCACUUUUUCUUCAAGGUUGCUCAGAGAAGAGUUAGAAAAAUGGAAAGAUGUAUGAAUGAAACUUUAUUUGUGCGGCUCCCGCAUGGUUGAAGAAGCAGUCAUGUAGUGCAGAGAAGCUGCCACUAAGGCAUGAAUAGACGAAAGUUGGUGAUCGCUGCACUGCUGCAACACCAUAUUUUGACACUUUCAUUGAUAACCAAUGCCCAGGCAGCUGCUUCAAAAGCGACUCUCUUGCUUUCAUCUGCGGCCGAUUCAGACGAUGACCCUAUUGUUUUGUUUUUUCAUAUUUUUUUACUCAUUCAAGAUUUUCAGAUUGAUUUGUAACAGCAGACAGCUGUGUGCAGUGAAGGAUCCUGUGCAAGCUGAUGUCUCUACGCAUACAGUGGGAUAUUUGUAUUUGCUGAGAAAGAAUCAAACUUGCGAAGCUUGUGUGUGUUCAGUUCAUAAUAAAGUGGUUCACAAGUGUUCCAGAUAAA